UCAUUUUCGCUUUCAUUUUCUCUCUCUCUCUUUCUUUCUUCACCAAGUUCAAGAAAAUCAUUUCAAACAAAACCAACACAACAGAAUCGCGAACACAAUAACAAUAAAAAUAAAAGUCUAGGGUUUCAAAAUCCGUUUUCUCUCGUCCAUUUUCCUUCCCUCCAAACACCAUUCUCUGCUCUUUUUCUCUUUCUCUUCUUCGUUACUCACCACAGCCUUUUCCCCCACUCCUUUUCUUUCUCGCUGCUCAACUUUGACAUCUUCCCCCAGAAAAAAAAAAUAAAUAAAUAAAAACUUUUUUACUUUUUCCCGGGAAAAUUUAGCGUCCACCCAGCUGGCCACCUCUGCUUCUUUAAGGAUUUUGGUGUGAAUUUGUUGAUCUGAGGGGAAAAAUAGCUGUUGAGUGGUGUUAGGGAAGGGGAUGACUUGUUAUUGACGGAUCUGUAGAUCCCAGAGAGAGGAUUUGAGCUCUGUAAAUUUUUUUAAUGAAGAUUGUAUCUUGAAUCGUUUUAGUUUGGAUGUGAAGUAUUGAGUUAUGGAUUUAGAAGUAAUUUCACCUUCUAGGGAUUUGGUGAAAUGUUGUAAUUGUGAGUGUAGCUGUGCUUCGAUAAGUAGUUCCUCUGGGACUUGGCUUCGGUCUGUAAAACGAAAGUACGAUGAGUUUGAGGAUAAGAAUGGGUUCUUCAUACCUGGUUUGGCUGUAGAUUUGAAUCCCCGUGUGCAGAUUGAGAAUGAGUGCGCUGCCUUGCGUGAAACAGUUGCUAGCCAACAGCAAGCCAUACAAGAUUUGUAUGUGGAGUUGGAAGAGGAGAGAAAUGCCUCGUCUUCGGCUGCAAAUGAGGCCAUGUCCAUGAUAUUGAGGUUGCAAAGGGAGAAGGCAGAAGUCCAAAUGGAGGCAAGGCAGUUCAAGCGAUUUGCAGAAGAGAAAAUGUCACAUGACCAACAAGAGCUUUUGGCCUUGGAAGAUUUAUUGUACAAGAGGGAGCAGGCCAUUCAAGCCUUUACUUGUGAAGUGCAGGCUUAUAAGCAUAGGAUGAUGAGUUAUGGGAUUACGGAGGCUGAGGCUGACGGUGAGAAACGUGGGCUUAGUCGUAACCCAAGCAUGGCUGAAACCUUUGAUACCCAAUUUGAUCUUCCUGUGUUUGAUUACCCACCUUUGAAGUGCAAAUUGAUUGAGAAUUCUGCUCCUUUGGAGGGUGAUAAUGAUGGUGUAGAUGUUGAAAAAUAUCCAUUUGGUGAGACCCCUCGAGGUCAGAAUGAAAAAUAUACAUUUGGUGAGACCCCUCAAGGUCAGAAUGAAAAAUAUCCAUACGCUGAGAGCCCUCGUACUCAGAAUCGUUUGAAGAAUUUAGAAUAUAGGAUUUAUCAAAUGGAGCGGAGUCCUAGAAAAAGCCAGCUGGAUGGGGAUUUUUCCAGUGGGAAGAAUAUACUAGAGAAAGUGAUUGUUGUUCAGUCUCCUAGGCGCCAAAAACACAACAGGAGGUCUUCCAAUGAUAGUUCAAGUUCAAACAUGGGAAUGUUUAAAGAAACAGGUUCAGAUUUUGUCACAGAAUCUCCUAGGUUUAACAGUUGUGUCAAGAAGAUGGAACAAACAGAGGAUUAUUCUAGUUUGAGAAAAAUGGAUAAUGCAUCAGAAAUUGGUGAUGAAACGAGUGACAGAGUUUAUACCAUUGAUUCUGUCAAUAAUGGAGUACAAUAUAAUAGCUUUAAGGAACCUAAAGAUGGUGUAGGAGUUUGCGAGGAUGAUAUCAACUCACCAAGAGAUUCACUGAACAGAUAUGAUACUGAAGAUCCAGAUAUCAAGAAGCUCUACAUGAGGCUUCAGGCCCUUGAGGCUGACAGGGAAUCAAUGAGACAGGCAAUUAUUUCAAUGCGGACUGACAAAGCACAAAUGGUAUUAUUAAAAGAAAUUGCUCAACAUCUGUGCAAGGAAAUGAGCCCUGAGAGACAAAUGCCUGUGAGGAAAUUAUCUGUUGUCAGAAGCUUUUCCUUCAUGUCAAUUUUCAAGUGGAUUGUGUCCUUUGUUUUCUGGCGGAGGAGAGCUUCUUAUAGCAAGUAUACGGCUGGGUUGACAGCCAACAAUGUGGGCUUGCUAUUGCUUCUAGAUAGGAGCCCACGCAUGAGGCAGUUGAGAUGUGUUUCCAGCACACAAGUGUGAAAUUGGUUCUCAAAUUUCCGUAUCCAUUGGAAGUGUAUGCUCAUAAUUGCAAAUGCCAUGCUCAUAAAUGUGAAUGCCACAUGGAUUUUCAUCACACUAUUACCGUUACUUUCGCAUUCUUUUGUCUGGAUUCCUGGUUGCCUUAGAAUUGGGUGUAUUGUGCAGUGUCGAUCUGUUUCAUUUUCUUGGGAUUGAAUAGAUUCUGCUGGUUGAUCAGUAAAACAUGGAUACGGUGUAGGCAUGCUUGUUCAUUUAGGUUGUGGUAUUCAGCGGAAGGUACAAAGUCUUCUAACAUUCCGCACCUGUACAUUUCUGAUUCUUGUAUGAUUUCAACCAAUAUGAAGUGCUAUUUUUCUUCAUCCAAGA